UCAACGCAUAAUCACAGCCAACUCUGCUUACAAACCUCGAAAACAAGGCUAAUAUUUUGACAAUGGAAGACCUUCCACCCAUCGCUGUCACUGAACAGAAUCCUUUCUGUCUGGAAAUGAUGAAACGGCUCAACAUACAACGAAAACAAGGUCAAUUAUGCGACAUAACUUUGAUUACGAAAGAUGACCAGGAAUUAAAAGCUCACAGAAAUGUUCUUUCCGCAGCGAGUCCGUUCUUUUGCAAGCUUCUUCAGAGCGACAUGAAGGAAAAUCGGGAAGGGGUCGUUCGGUUUGAGGAGAUUUCGGAAUCUGUAAUGGAAGAUGUCCUGGAAUUCAUCUACACUGGAACUGUGGAAGUAACUCAAGAAAAUUGUGCAACAAACUGCAUUUCAACCUUUUACUUCGCCGAGAAAUACGACUGUGAAGAGCUUGUAAGCGACAGCAAGAGUUUCAUUCACGAGAACUUCGCGUCUGUGGCAGUCAUGGAUGAAUUCCUAAGUUUGGAAGCAAAAGAGGUGGAGAGAUGGAUUUCAAGUGAUGAGAUUGUUGUUGAAACGGAAGCCGAUGUUUUCCAGAUUUUACAAAAGUGGGUUGAACAUGACAAGAGCGAGCGGAAAGCAGGAUUUGAAGAGCUGCUUCGUCACGUUCGACUGGAUUUCGUAUCGCGUGACUAUUUGUUGAAUGUCGUGACAAACGAACUCGUGCGUGACAACGCUGGCUGCCUCAGGUUGGUUUCAGAUACUAUAAAGCAGACCACGUUUUCAAGCGAUGAUAAUCUUUCCCAGUCCCCUAGAAAAGGGCUUGACACACGUGCUAUAGUGGCUUGUGGAGAAGAAUAUGCCUUUUGUUAUGUCCCUCAGAAAGAUGAGUGGAAAGGAUUACCCAACAGGUUGGCAAAAAAGCGGCUCAACAUCCUUUCAGCCAACAUGAUAAGAUUUCGUGAUCAGUUGUUCAUGUUUCAUAGCUUGGGUCAAGCAGAGAGGUAUGAUCCUGUCUUUAAUGGUUGGUCAUCAUUCUCUUUCGGCAUAUUCUCCUUCAAAGUUCAGGACAAAGUGACUGUCAUUGGAGGAGAGUUAUUUUCUAUAGAUGAAACUGUCAGAAAAAAAAACACCACAACAACCAUUGAAAAAUUCCAUGUAGAGUCAUGUUCGUGGCAAGAGUUUCACUCCUCUCCUCAGUGCUACAGGAAAAAAUCUUGUGUCAUUGGAUCUGGUAACUUUUUGUAUCUUUUGGGUGGGAGGUCCCGACAUAGAUCCCAAUAUGUUGCAAAAGCUGACAGAUUUGAUAUUAUGGAAAAGAAAUGGGAAGAAAUUACAGAAAUGCAACAAGCAAGAGGGGGAGCUUUUGGUGUGGCCACUCAAGAAAAGAUUUUUGUUGCUGGAGGAGCAAAUGAAGAAAGCAUUGUGUUGAAAACAUGCGAGGUAUACAAUGUUUCCACAAAUGAAUGGCAGUUAAUUGCAAACUUGAAUGUUUGCCGCACACAUGGUAGCAUGGUUUGUCUUGGUGGAAGGUUGUAUGUGCAGGGUGGCUUUGACCAAACUAAGAAAAAGCCUGAACAUUCAGUUGAAUGUUAUGACUCCACACAGUGCAAGUGGAUUGUGAAGACAACCAUACCAGUGGAAGAGGACUGUAAGAAGAAACAUGCAUUUAAAGGCUGUGUGUUAAAGUUCUCCCAAGGAGUAUUGGAUUAUCUUGAUGAUGCAAUUGAAGAAGAUGAAGAAGAUGAAGAAGAUGGUAAACUAAACUAAAACUGUACUCCAAUGAAAGAAAAUAAUCUGAAAAAAAUACACUGAAGAAACAAUUUGUAAUGGCAAUACAGUCCCCUUGAUCAAAGCUAGAUAAGGUUAGGUGGAACAAUGACUGAACUUUUCCAUCAACCUAAGUCAGGAAAGAAACAUGGAAUUUCCUCUGCAGAAAGUUAUGCCAUGCUAAGAGAUCAACAUUUGGCCUGCUUUGUCAUGGACUGAGAAACUGAAUCCUUGAUAAGUUUAUGCUUAUUUUUGUGUUUUAAACUAUAUAUAUUUCAGUUUUGUUUUACCUGUAUGUUUUUGUUUGUUUGUUUGUUUGUUUGUUUUUUAAGCACCCAGUGUCUUUGAUAUUUUUGUACUGGCAUCACCAAUCUUGAAACAUCUGAGAACUUCUAAAAAUUCAAUUUGAAAGAGGAAUUGAACUUUUUAGUUUAAAAAGUGCUCAUUGUAAAUAAUAGAAAUAGUGUUCUACAUACACAAGUUUCACUUAAGCACAGUUUUCAAGAGUUUUCUUUUUACAAAUGUUAGGCUUUGUGCAAUCAAAAAAGUGACAGUGCAUUUGAUCCAAGAUGAGAACCUCAUCAGACCUGCUUUUCACUAAAACAAGCCUACUAGUAUUAAGCUUGUCAUGGAAACAUCAAUAAAAAAAAAUACACUUUAUAGGCAUUGUUGAUUCUAGCAAGAUGCCUGUCACACUUGAACCUAAUGAGUGGCCCAAUCCUCUAACAAAUUCUCAGUCAAUUC